CUUUUUUGUUAUAGAUGAUUUAAUUUUUCUUCCGCCAUUUUUCGCUAUUUGAGGUUUUAAUUUAAUUGAUUAAAUUGAUUUGUUUUCUAUAUAAAAAUUCUAAAUCAAAAUUAGUUUCCGUUCAUUGAAAACAAAUCGAAAAUGUUCAAAAAUCAAUUGAAUUUUGACCGAAUUAAUUUUCUAAUAAUUUUGUUUGGAUAAUUAAAUUUUUGUCUUCCAUUCUUCGACAGUCGCCAUUUAAGGAUGCGAGGGCGAUAUCGUGCUGGAGAUGAGUUCAAAAAUAAAACGCGACGCGAUGAGAGAUGCAAAUUGCGUGCAACGCGUUGAAACUGUGCCAAGAUUUGAGCCGCCUCGGAAUAUAUACAUUUCGAUGCGUGGGAUUUCGUUCUAUUGAUAUCCGAAAAAUGUGUUUCAAUGUUAAUGUUGCUUAUCCGAAACAUUGCGAAAACACGCGACUCGUAAAAUAUGUAUAUAUAUAUAUAUAUAUAUAUAUAUAUCAUAAACAUAUAGGAGGAAAAUCCCUUCCCUUGGAAUCAGCUAUAAAUUAAGCGUAGAAUUUACUUACACAUUUAAUAUAUAAAAAAAUUAAUUAAAAACGUAGCUCGAUAAUUUGUUGUUGCAUUUGUUUACGCAAUUAGAGAGAAAAACAUAUCGUGAAAAAAUCCAAACGUAAACUUUGAGUCGAGAUAGAGACCUAUCAGGUCAUCGAGUCGACUCGAUAACAGAGUGAGAAAAAAAUCGCGAUUGUUAUGUUGUACAAUUGAAACUUUCGAAAGUAUAUAUACGAAUGUUUGCACGUAUUUAUAGAACAGAUAUAAUUAUAAGAGAGUCGCUAUCUCUCUCUUUCUAUAUAUAUAUAUAAGGCACAUGUAUAUAUACAGAAACGCGUUAUUAUAAAAUAACAUUCUCGCGCAACGCGUGACGGAAAAAGAAUGUUGCUGCGCAACCUGUGGACCUUGUGCUGCUGCCUCCUGCUGUCGCCGGCCCUCCUGGUCUCGGCCCUGGAAAACGGUCUGGCCAGGAGCCCUCCGAUGGGAUGGCUCGCCUGGGAGAGAUUCAGGUGUAACACCGAUUGCAAGAAUGAUCCUGAUAAUUGUAUAAGUGAUCGUCUCUUCCGGACCAUGACAGAUAUAGUGGUGGCUGAGGGAUAUGCCGCAGUGGGAUACGAGUACAUUAAUGUGGAUGAUUGUUGGUUGGAGAAAGAGAGAGACAUAAAUGGACAGCUUGUACCGGACAGAGAACGCUUCCCAUAUGGCAUGAAGAGUCUUUCUGAUUAUGUACAUUCAAAGGGCCUCAAGUUUGGCAUCUAUGAAGAUUACGGUAACUACACUUGCGCUGGCUAUCCAGGUAUAUUGGGCUACUUGGAUAUAGACGCCGCUACAUUUGGAUCCUGGGAUGUAGAUUAUGUGAAACUGGACGGAUGCUAUUCACAUCCCACCGAUAUGGACAGAGGCUAUCCCGAGUUUGGAUUCCAUUUAAAUCAAACUGGAAAGCACAUGAUAUAUUCCUGCAGCUGGCCCGUCUAUCAAAUCUAUGCUGGUAUGCAGCCAAAUUACACCGCGAUCGCGGAGAACUGCAAUCUCUGGCGCAACUUUGAUGACAUCCAGGACUCGUGGGCCAGCGUGGAGAGUAUCAUCGAUUACUACGGCAACAAUCAAGACGUGAUUGUGCCCAUUGCCGGCCCAGGACAUUGGAACGACCCGGACAUGUUAAUCAUCGGUAACUUUGGGCUAAGCUACGAGCAGAGCAAGACGCAAAUGGCGAUCUGGGCUAUACUAGCAGCUCCGUUGCUCAUGUCCGUUGAUCUCAGGACGAUCAGGCCAGAGUACAAAGCCAUUUUGCAAAACAAGAAGAUCAUCGCUGUGGAUCAAGAUCCGCUGGGUAUUCAAGGUCGAAGGAUAUACAAACACAAGGGCAUUGAAAUUUGGGCGAGGCCCAUCACUCCGGUUUACCAAAACUACUACUCGUACGCGAUCGCGUUUAUCAACAGGCGAACUGACGGUACGCCAUCGGACGUAUCGGUCACGUUGAAGGAAUUGGGUCUGCAGUAUCUUGGAGGAUACCGAGUGGAGGAUUUGUACGAAGACGUAGAUUACGGCAUACUGACACCACAGACCAAGAUCAAGGUCAAAGUGAACCCGUCGGGUGUAGUAAUUCUGCGAUGCAACUUGAACAUAGACGAUGCGUUUCGCUAUUCGCCGUACUCGCCCUUAAAUCAGAUCUUUAAAGUUAGGCAAAAUUCCUUUAAAUGAUCGUAAGUUUAAAGUAUUAUCGAAUUUUCAUCGGCGUUUUAUACAUAAAUAUAUAUGUAAGUUCUACGUUCUAUAUUAACAUAUUAUA